UAGGAACUUGACAUUCGACCCUCUCCAUCUCGGCUCCAUUGAUGUAGGUAGGGGUGUGUCCUCCUCCUUUUUUCUUGAAGUCAGUGAUCAAUUCUUUUGUUUUACUAAUAUUGAAAGGUUAUCAUUACACCACGACACCAAGCAUUCUAUCCCCUUCAUGUAUUCUGGCUCAUCAUUGUUUGAUAUCCAGCCUGCCACGGUGGUGUCGUCAGCAAACUUAUAGAUGGCAUGCGUGCAGAAUUUGGCUACACAGUUGUGGGUGUGCAGUAGGGGGCUGAGAACAUAUUCCUGCAGGGUGCCAAUGUUGAGGAUUGUCACAGAAGAGAUGGUGUUGUCUAUCUUCACUGAUUGCAGUCUGUGGGUCAGGAAGCUGAGGAUCCAGUUGCAGAGGGCGGAGCCAAGACCUAGGUCUCAGAGUUUUGAGAUUAGUCUGUGAGGGAUUAUGGUGUUGAAGGUGGAGCUGCUGUUGAUGAAUAGGAGCCUGACGUAGGUGUCUGUGCUAUCUAAAUGUUCCAGGGAUGAGAGUAGGGCUAGGGAAAUUAUGUCUGCUAUGGUCCUGUUUUGCCGGUAGGCAAAUUGCUGGGGAUCGAGGCAGUCUGGAAGGCUAGAGUUGAUAUGAGCCAUGACCAGCCUCUCAAAGCACUUCAUGAUUAUGGAGGUCAGAGCCACUUUGGAUGAUCUAAAGUUUGGGGAAGAUAGAAUCUAGGAGGGUGUUGGAAUAGUUAUACACGGAGCUAACAAAUACACCAGUGAAUAUUUACAGCAACAGGUGAGCUGAGACAAGGAUGAAAUCAUGUUCGUGUGGAAAUGGGCAGUCUGAGUGAUGGUGCAAAUAAAAGGACUCAGGACGAAAUGUAACACAAAAAAUAACUUUAAGAACUUCAGAAGCAGUUGGUUAGCUGUGCAUUUCCAUUACCCAAUACAGUCUGCAACUCAGCAGUAGCCAGUCUUCGGGUUCAACUGAGGCAUUGGAAGAUUAUUGGAAUAGAAACAACGUGUAGGGUUUACGGGGAAAAGGCAGGAGAUGUGCAAUGAGUUAAAACGCUUAGAGAGCUGGUGCAGAAUUGAACGGUGACGAUUGUGUAAACCCCGGGAGGGUCAAAGUCUCUUGACACCAAUCAGUAUGAGUCUGAGGCCCCACCCAGUGAGUCUUGAAGUCGGCCAUCAGGCAUUGGUUCCGCCUGAAUGUUACAUUACAACGACUGGACCUGGCUGAUGCGAGCAGACGGAGGCAAGUUGACGUGAAAUGGCUUAUCGCAAAGACAGAGAAAAUCAGAGGAAGUGCACGUUUGUCUGGCUUCUGAUUAUUGCCAUGGUUCUUCUUGAGACAUCUGAUUGUAAAAAUCACCCAUGGAACAGACUCAUUUUGUCUCAACAUUGGCCUCAGACUGUGUGUUUGAUGGUGAGUGAAACAUGCAAAGUUCCUCAAAAUAUUGAUUACUGGACAGUUCAUGGACUUUGGCCCAAAAGAGAUGAGAUGUGCAACAACUCCUGGCAUUUUGAAAUCCAAAAUGUAAUGGACAUUUUAUCUGAAUUAAAACUGUGGUGGCCUGAUGUGCUUCAUCCCAACAGUACUCGGCUCUGGAAACACGAGUGGCAGAAACACGGAACAUGUGCAGCUACGUUGCAAUCUCUGGACACCCAGAACAAGUAUUUCAGCAAAGCACUGGACCUAUACCAUAAAAUCAACCUGAACAGUGUUCUUAAGAAGUUAGAUAUUCUCCCAUCGUCCAAGUAUUAUACGUUGGAGAUCAUUGAAAAUGCCCUCGUGUCAGUCUAUGGGGUUACGCCGAAAAUUCAGUGCCUUAAGCCACAGGGAAACUCAGCUCAAAUCCUGGCCCAAAUUGAACUGUGUUUCACCAAAGACUUUGACCUGCUGAACUGCACACACGAUGUAUCCAGCACAAAUGUUACGAAGGAUAACAAACAGUCUGCUACCAAUUUGAGUUUUUCAGAGUGUGAGCUUGACCAGCAAAUCUAUUACCCUCCAAUUGAACACCUCUAUUGAGUGUGAGAGAAGAUGCCAGUUUAGUGCCGGAGGCAUCUGUUCUGCAGGUUCACCCAGCAGUCUUCGGUAUCAGACACAAUGCAGCCGGCAAUUUGAGUACUGUGUCAAAUUUUAAUAUCAAGAAACAAUGCUAGCACUGCAUCGUGGGUCUCCGCUUUCCGAAAGGACAAAUCGUGAAUGUGAAUUUCUAAUUUUCAAUGCAUUUAUUUUAAUCAUUUCCAAAAUCACUUUCACUUGCACCAGCACACUGUUGUUGGAUGUGGAUUUAAAACAAAUGGCUUUAAAAUAGAUUUCCAAAGCUCAUAUCUGCAUUACUGCCAAGUUAAACUAAGCUUGCCUCAUCGUACAAGUAGAUUUAACAUGUGUAUUCAAUAGUCACCAGCUUAUUUUAUGACAUUGGGUAAUACCUAAUUGUGGUGCUAAUUCUCAUAGGUAGGAAACCAAAAUCAUUGAUAAAUUAAUGUAAAGGACAAGGAAUGUAUUGACCUGAAAGCUGCUUUCUUGGUCACUAAAGCAGUUCAGAGAAUGUGGUGCCCACCUUCGACUAGGGCUGAGUGCCUGAGCUUUCACUCCACAUCCCUUGCUUAUUGGCACACAGGGAUCACUGAGACAUGGUCUGAUAUCCUACCUCUGAGCCAGUGCUGACUUGUGUAGCUGGAGGUUCCUCACAACUCGUGGUUAGUGGGCAUAUGCCUCUACUUGAUGCCACAUUCAAUCCACCUCUGUACUGUUCUAUAGUAAGAGAAGUCUCCCAGAUGAUGAUGUGUGUGGCUGCUGUGGUAGAUUUGAAAUCUCCCAUUCCAAUGCAAGCCUUUUUCCCCCAACAUCUGCGCUUUAUUCGUUGAAGAAAAGUACUUGUUUGUGGACCUAUCUCAGUAUUACUUGCUGGGAACCAUCAAUCACCAUUGUGAUAAUUCCACUCUUAAACAUAAGGGAGAACAAACAUUAGUUUCAAAGCUUUCAACUGAAUAAUUAAACUAAGCUCUGUUUUGAAGCAGUGACUGAGAUAAAAUCACUCAGUUUCUAGACACUUUAAAUUGAGGGCUUUUGUGAUUGACGUAAUAUUUUCAUGAAAAUAUUGUCAAUAUGUAAGCCAAUAAAUGAUUGACUUCAUUUAAAUUAAAACAAUGCAUUUUUAACUGAGUUGGAUAACUUCAUAAUUCCUUAGUCAAAAAUUUGUCUUUCCCAAGCACAUCUCAAUCAAUCAUAAGGUUUUGCAUCAAUAUGUUUAGUCCUACGAGAUUGAUUUUGGUAAAGGAGAAACAGAGGGGAUGAAGGAGCAGAAAUUCUCUCAAGCAUCAAGUGCAAUGGAGGGGCAGGCAAUAAAUGCAAAUAAAUGUGAACAAUAGAAAAAGUUGAGAGAUAUCCAAGAGACACUUGCCUGUCUUUUUUUUUUAAACCUCUGGUGGCUUUUUACAAAAUGUUCAUGUACUUUUUUUUUGUAAAAAUCAGAAUGAAGUUCAUCAAUCAGGAUCCAAUAAUGACAGAACUCACUGGGCUACAAAGAGCUCUUCCUCUGUUUGUUUGUAGGAACCUAGGUUCAAGAUUGGGCCAUUCAUGGAUCUUAGCUAAGGAGCUCCUGAUGCCGUAGUAUGGAGAAACUUGCUUCCAGUGAAUGUAGAGACAGAAACAUCAGGGGGAAAUGUUCAAUACCAUAACUUUGGACCAGACCAUCUGCACUACUAAACUGGAAAACAUUUGAUACACUAAAAAUGGCAGCUGUAGAGUAUCUCUUGUAUAAUCCACCAUGUUAUUUUUGGGUCUUUGUGUCUUUAUAUUUAAAUACAAUCAGAAAGUGGUAGAGAAAGUAGCAAAAGAUAACAUUUUAACUCCAUUAUAACUUAUUUAGAACUGAAUGGGUUUGAAAAAAUCACUUUCAACAGCACAAAAACUAAGAAGGGAGCAUCAAGUGGGACAGGUGGUCAGGGUGCCCACAGCAAAACAGGUGCCAGUGGUAGGAGAGGAGAGAAAUAGAUCAUAGGUGUUAAGGCUCAAAACUCGAGAGCAAACCCGUGCAAACAUAACAAUCAAGUACUAUUCAUUCUCUAAAUAAACCUUUAUUAUCAAGGUUACUUUCUCGUAUUCUGCCCAUGUUUUUGUAUUGUGCAAUAUGAAUCAUUCAAUAAUUGUGGUUUAUAGAAACUCAUCUUUUAAAGAAAAUAAAAUUAAUUUCUAUAUUACAA